UAAAUAGUUAUUCGUGUUUCUAUUUUUCAUUCCAACCUUGGAUGCUCUACUUCCUUUUCAUUCUUCAAAACACUUUGACUGUAGCGUGCCGUGGUGGCUCUUUUCCGGUUGAGCAUAACCAGAAUCCGCAUAUUGUAGGAUAAAGAAACUACAAUGGCUAAACCUAAAGGAGAGAAGAAAGGGAAAUCAGCCAUCAACGAAGUUGUAACGAGAGAGUACACAAUCAACCUCCAUAAGAGGCUACAUGGAGUGGGAUUCAAAAAGAGAGCACCUAGAGCUAUUAAAGAAGUGCGAAAAUUUGCUGUACAGAAAAUGGGUACACCAGAUGUCCGUGUCGAUACACAUUUAAACAAGCAAAUUUGGUCUAAAGGCAUCAAGAAUGUACCAUUCAGGAUCCGCGUGAGGCUGGCGCGUCGUCGUAAUGAUGAUGAAGACUCACCUCACAAACUGUACACUCUCGUCACAUACGUUCCUGUAGCCUCAUUCAAGAAACUGCAGACGGAGAAUGUUGAUGUCAGUCAGGAUUGAUAUCUCUUUGUUUUAUUUAUCUAAUAAAAAGUUUUAAAAACUU